UGGGAACAGAGGUCUGACUGUUGGUCAUUCUGUGAGAGGAAUGCUGCUCUAGUGUCAACAGUGAGGACCGGUUCUUGAUUUCUGAUGAAUAAUAGCUGGGUUGUAAAUAGAGAAAUCUGUACUGUUUGUUUGAUUAGGCCAAGAAGACUAAUUUAUUGUUCCUUCUUCUUACAAAGCCAGUUUUGGAACCUCUUCCUUCCAGCAAAGGAGACAUUCUUAUGCAAAUGCUGUUUAUAACUUUCCAUUAGUCAUCCAGAAAGGACUGUCAAACAGGGAAAGGUUAGGCAGUCUAAAUCUCCAAGUUAGGCGAUUUAAGUCUCCAAAUUGCUGACUCUGAAAAUUCAAAGUGAAAGAUUAAUUUGAAGUAAUCUUUAAUGGAACAAACUGUAACCCGUUCUUGUCCUUGUUAUGUGCUCAGUACCAGAAGACAAUGUGAAAAGAAACGUCUCAUCUGUCUGUUUUUUGUCUUCCCAUCCUUACAUGUGUAUUUUUUUAUUGGAACUUCCAUCCAGAGUUACAGAGGGAACACAUAAGCACAGCACUGUCCUCUAGGCACAUAAUUUCAGUCUAAAAACAUCACAGUUCUCACAGACAAAGGAAUGUGUUUUCACAUUAGGCCUUCCUUACACACCCUGUCGCUGACAUUUUCCAAGAAACUGUGAGAAUUAUACCUCUGAACAGAAAACUUCAGAGAACUGCAGUCAACUUUGUCUGAGCUCCACAUUUGAUACGAGGAGAGAAGUGUAUGGACAGCAUGGGCUGCUAAGCCUGCCAGGGCCAGGUCCUUGUUUCAGUUUUUUUGUAGACUUGAAGGUUCAGUCAGUCUCAGGGACUGACUGCCUCUCUGUGCUUUGGCAAAGAGAGCUGUGCGUCAUGGUAGCCUGAAGAAUCUUGCAUAGAAAACAUUUAAUGACCUUAGUCCUUCUGUGGGGGUUAGAUGCAAGUGUCCUCCAUUUCUUGCAAGCAGAGUUUGCCCUCAGUGUUCCUUACUCAAAAUGUUUUGCCUGUUGUGUAUCUUCCUUAUCUGCAGGAGUCUUCCAUUGAGGAUGGGCUUUGAGAGGCAAGAGGGGGACUUAGUCACCAGACUGGGGAAACAGGGAAAUGUGAGAAAGCUAGUGGAAGACCUGGAACAGGCCUCUCAGCAUAGAAGACUCCAGAGUUUAUCUAGAGAAGGGUAUCAUAGUAGGGUAUCACUCCUUUCUCAGAGGAGGCAAAACACACCAGUGACACAGCUGUGCUUGUAUCUCCAUGCACGAGCGUCUGGUUUGUCCCCAGAAGACCGCAGAAGUACAGAAGCUGGCUCAGCAGGGCUUCUUGGCCUUUCCAAGGCAGAAGGUAGUCCACAGGAGUGCACUGGCCACAUGGGGUUCCACAUCAGGACAGACCCUGGCAGCAGCACACAGGCUGCGUAGGUGGAUUUGCCAGCUUCCAGCCCAGUGUGGCUCAUCACCUCCCUGUUUUGAAAUAUGAGAGCUUGUUCUGACUGGUGCUGCUUCCUUCUUCCCUUCAAGGUCAGGUGAGGCCAAGCACAGGUAGAGCCGAUAAGGCAGCAUCGGACUCUCCUCCUCCCAGUCUUCAGCGUGGGUCUGCUGGUGCUCCCAUCUACAGUGCCUCUCAAGCACCUCAGUGCUACCAUUACUCAUGUUAGGAGCAGAAGGCUGGAAAGGUCUCCAGCAUUUAAACUUUUUCAGCCUGCUGUGCCUUCACGUCUCUUGAAUGUUUCAUCAAACUUGGCUGCUUGUCAGUAUGCCAGUCCAUCUUCUCCAAGUUCCUCUCCUUCAUGGAUACGUCCUCCAGUUCUCCAGUGACACUGAAAGAAGUCAUGAACUUGCUGUAAGGGAACUCUUCCGGAAAAAUACACUACUACUCUGAAGAAAGAAACGUGUUGCACCAUGAAGGGCAGAGUGGCUGGUCUGGCUCUUGUGCAUGUGCCUCCCACAGGCCACAGAAUGUCUUCUUGGGCCCUAUUUUUUUUUGUUGUUUGUUUCUGUUUUUCCUGACUUUCAGUCCUUCCUGCUCCCACUGUUCCUUCUGCAGGCAAGAGGCAGCAUGUGAUGUGGCCAGCUCUAGGGCACUGGCUGGUGGGCCCAGCAAAACUGGUAUCUGCUGAGGCCUUCCCUCAGUCAAGAGCUGAUGUCUGCCUUCUCCAGGUACUCACCAGCUUUCAGAUCAUGUGGGACCAGAUCCUGCUGUCAUAUCUGGUCAGAUAUUGCUAAUAAAUCCAGUAAGAGCUAAGCAGACUUUGUGGUCAUGUAAUGUGAUGUUACCUUGGAUGAAUGGUCUUGCCCUUGUCCUACCAGUGCAGUCUGUGCCUGAGAGGCAGGCCUGUUUUUCCCAAGUGGAAGUAACCCAGUCAUCAACCCAGAGUGAACUAGUGCUGAAAGGAGACACCUCGUUUGCACAGUGCACCAAAGGCAGCUGUAAAUCAGGUCCCACUGAGGGCAGCAGGAUGUUUCUUAAAAUUUCUUUCCCACCAGAUCACUGUGUCCCAGAGCUGUUCUUUGCUUCUAGUAAUGCCACGCCAAUUUACGAUAAGUUGAGUAAUCAGUAGAAUGAUACAAAAUAAAUCAGAUCUCUUCAGAUUAAAGAGUUAUUCCAUGCUAAAGCAGAAGGGAAGAAAAAGCUGUAUGAAAUCUGCAGUCUAAGUUUAAACUGUCGCAAAAGUCAAAGAGUGGCAGUGAUUAUCAAGUGAAAUAUUUCCAGUCCUCAUUUUCAUUUGAGACUGUAGGAUGAUGGAUGAGCUUUCAGUAGCAGCUGGAAUUGGAGCAUUGGAAGUAGGCCCUGUCCACAUCUCUGCCACAGGCCUUGCUCAGGGCCUUCAGGCAGCUCCUCUACCUGUACAGCAAUUAUCUUAGCAGUCAAGCACUCCUAUUGAAGCAGCACAUCAAUGACUGAAACAAAUCCAAAAAUCCAACAGCAAACAAACCCAGUGUUGAAAGGAGAAGGUCCCAGCCUGGCUCCUCUGUCCUGCAGGCCAUGUAGUCCUGUCCCAACACGAGUAACGCUGGAUGUGGCGUUCCUCUGACUGUAUGGACAGCUAAUUCAGCCUCCUAACCCAGCAGGAAACGAUCUUCUUUCUAAUUUUCCUUUGCUUCCUACCAAGUGACUAAGUGUAGUGCAGAUUCAGAUAUGCACUCUCACCAGUGCAAGGUGGUAAGACAUAAAGAGGAGGUUCCACACAAGCCGUGGCAUGUAACCAGCCUGGUGUGAGGAGGUUGGAAGUGCUAAGUCCUGGGUGCUAAAUGCCUUGGAAUACUUGGUUGACUUCAAUGCAUAUACAAGAGCCACAGCCUCUUACAGCUCUCUCACUGUUGUCUAGAAAGUCUGUUGUGUGUCAUGCACCACGUCUGGAUAUGUUCAUUCCUUGUAGCAAUUAAUGGGCUGUUUUAGAGUUGAACUGCGAUCCAAAAGAUUAAGCACACACACGUCUGACAUCUUGCACAUACCCAGUUAGGUGGAUACUGUGUUCCUUAGGGCAUCUUAAGCUCUCCUGAACAUCACUCAGUCUUUGCUGCUGGUUUGGUCACUGAUGAAUGUUGAUUAUAUGUUGGGUCUUGAUUUGGACCUCUAGUUGUUGCAGGGAAAGUAAUUUGCUUUGUUUGCCAGGCUGGUCACUGCUGGACUGUUCCCAGCUCCUCCAGACAUCUUUGCAUGGAAAAGCUGUUAGCUCCCAGUAACCAUCCAAACUGACUGGAGGUGUCUAAGGACUGUGAAAAAUCCCCCUUUCACCAUCUUCCCCGGAACACAGUCCGCAUGUAAAUGACAGGAUAUUCAGGCUCCCUUUGAGAAAUCAAACAAUGGUGCAAGCUGCCUUCCCUUCUCUGGUCUUUCACAAUCUCUGCCCUUCUCAGCCUCUUCAUCCCCAGGAGCCACUCAGUCUAACCUCAGCCUUGAGGGAGACCAAGCACAGAGGGAAAGACUUGGAAGGACUGGUCCACUUUCUUUCUUUUACAUGCUCUCAUGUCCACAGCUCUGAGAGCAGCAGGAGCUGGGCUCAGGGAAGAGUAGUUUUGUCUGAAAGAGUCCAGCAGUCAGAAGAGGGACCAUCACCAAACCUGUGCAGCUAUUCUGAGCUCAGAGGAGCCUCUUAGCGCAGUACAGAGAAGCAGAAGGUGUACGUUGCAAAUGGGGCCAGGAGAUGGACCUGUCUACCCAGUGACAACAGCAUAAUUGAAGAUUUUAGCAGCGAGACCUGAGCUAGUCCUGGAUACAAUGCUACCCACUAGUGACGGGUCAGCUGUGGGUCUGCAUGGGAGACUGCUGCAUCCUGACCCCAGGAGUAGCCAGCUACCAAACCGUGAGCUGGAGUAUUUUUCAGUUUAAAUCAAAUUAAAUGCUUCUUAAAUGGAUGGCUUAAGAAUUCUCUCCUCUUCCCCUAGUGACUGGCCUGGUGGGGGGAGCCAAGAUGCUAACUGCUUCCUCAUUCCUGGGAGCUCACUGCUUGGACUCACCACUCCUUAGCUGUGUUCAGUUAUUUAAGCAGAACAGCUUGGGAGAAUGCAUCGUGUGAAGGACAGGGACUGUGCUACACACUGUGUGUGACCUUUGGGCACCUGGUGUUUGGCUCGUCUUCAUAGGUGCGGUGACCAUGGCAUCUCAAGGCCAGGUGAUGUUCUGGAGCAUGACCUCGGUCAUUAUCAUCCUAGCUGCUGUGAUUGCCCUGAUCAUCGGGUUUGGGAUCUCAGGAAAGCACUCCAUCAACGUCACCACCUUGACGUCGCCUGGGAACAUCGGCCAGAGCGGCCUCCUGGGCUGCACCUUUGAGCCCGACAUCUGGAUGGGCAGCAUAGUGAUUUGGUGGGCAAAAGCUGGAGUGGCUGGAUUGGUCCAUGAGUUCAGAGGGGGGAAGGACCACCUACAAGAGCAAGACACAGUGUUUCAGGGCCGCACGGCGGUUUUCUCAGACCAGGUGAUUGGUGGAAAUGCUUCCCUGGAGCUGAGAGAGGUGCAGCUCUCUGAUGCUGGUACCUACAGGUGCUCCGUCACCACGUCCCGAGGGAGCGGAGUGGCAGUGCUGAGGUACCAGACGGGAGCCUUCAGCAUGCCCAGGGUCCAGGUGCAGACCAGUAGCAGCGGGGACACGUUGCACUGCGAAGCACCACGGUGGUUCCCUCGGCCCACGGUGCACUGGUUGGCCUACAGCAAUGCUGGGAAGUGCCUGCCUCAUGCUGCCAACACCAGCUAUGAGCUGAACUCUGAGAACAUCACUCUGAAAGUGGUUUCCUUUCUGCACAAC